AUGAUUCCGCGCGUCCACCGAAAGAAAGGCGAAGAGCUGAGACGUCCGGACCUCAAAGGUUUGUCUAUCAAUCAUCGAGUCUCAUUGAUCAUAACAUGAUCUUCAGGAAACUUUGAAUGCGCGACAUGCAACCAGAAAUUCACGCACAACGCCUCGCUCAACCGCCACCGUCUCACCCGCCACGUGGCCGACGUGACGUGUCUUCUGUGCAACGAGCAGCUCGACGGAUCCUUGACCAUCUCGAACCACAUGCUUCUCAAGCACAAUCAUCAUCCCGUGUUCACGUGCGGAUGCUGCAACUGGACGUUCGUCAACAAAAAGCAUAUGAUCGCCCACAUGGCCUCGAUUCGGAAGACGUCCACUCCCGGAGACGUUGAGCCGAUUGCCAAGAGCCGCUACGCGCCCGGAUCCCUUCAGCAGGCGGUCACUCCGAUCCGACAGCGAUUGAGCUCCGGAGCAGCAUCCCUCGUAUCGUGUUCCUCGAGCAGCUCGAGCCCCGAGCCGGCUCCGAAAGCUGUGCCGCUUCCAUUCCGGCCGAUUCUCCGUCCGUCCAGAAGAAUGACGAGGGCCGAGUCGCCGGCGGAUCUGAAGGCCCGCUUCGUGAAGUCGGUGGAGAUGGCGUUGAGCGAAGGCGACUCGGGAGCUCUGGCCGAUCUGUUGACGGUCACGCAGAAGCUGUUGGCGCUGGAGCCGGAGAUUAUGGAGCAGGACGUCGGAGCCGAGGAGAAGGAGAACCAGGAAAUGAUUGUGAAGAAGGAGAUCGAGUAUGAAUAAGUGAACAUUAAUAAUAAAUGAACAGUAACCAAUAAAUAAAGAUUGAUUUUUUCGAAACACUCUUUCGUUGUUGUCAUCACUGGUCACUCUCAACCAUUCAAUCAAUAUACGUCUCAGUAUUCAUUCAUUCAAAACUUUCGCUUCGAACUUUUUAUCAGUCAAUUAUUUCCGGAAGGUUCUUUCGAUGAUUCUUUAUGUAUCUCGGCUUCAGAUAAAGGUAUCAGAUAGUUGUCAACUGAUUAAUUGUUCAUCAUUAGUUGACAAAUUGACAAGCCUGCAAAGUAUGGGUCCAAUCUGAAUAUUGCAAGUGAGUCAAAAGCGCAAGAGCACACAGACCCUCAAAAAUGUUGCCCAAGUCUCCAAAACGUGCUCCUAUUGGCCAAGAUUGCCACCUCAUAGGGACCUUGGCAGAUCGCUUCCCGCGCGACCACCGCCUCUCUCACUUGCCUUGCAGGUGUCCCUUGCAGAUGAUAUCGAUCGAGUGGCCCUCACACUUGCGCGCGAAAUGCGGACCGCUUCGCGUUGCGGUUCCUGGUCGCUGGUCGUUCGUACUCGUCUCCAUCUAUUCAUUUUCUUUCCGUCCACCCUCUCGCAUUGUCCUUUUUCAGUUUCUGCUCUUCACUCGACCCAAUCAAUCGAUCGAUAAUGCUUCCAAACGUAGUGAUUCGUCGCGUCGCCCGUCCCGACCAUAGAGGUUAGUGUUGACUCCUGAAUAGACCUACAAUAGUCUCAUAAUUUUGGUUGCGAAAUGUCCAGUCUUUCCCUCACAAGACAUGUCAUUUACAGAGCACUUCCGUUGCACCUACUGCAACCAGACGUUCAAGCACAAGGCGACCCUCGAACGCCACCGUCGCUCCCAUCACGUCGUCGUCGUCGUGAGGCCCCGAGACGUCGGAAACGCUCCGGCGGCGGCAGGCAGACAGGUUGUCGCCGUGCGGAGAAGAUCCGCGGGCUCGCCGAGCAACCCGAUCGCGGAAGUAGUCCAGCCGGCGGCGGAAGCUCCGGCGGAGGAGGAAAGACUGGUGGAGGCUGUCGAAAAGUUCCUCGCCGUCGGCCUCAAGAAGAACGAGAAUCCGGAUGCGUAG